AUGGAGACAAUUGUUAUUCUGGUUUGUUACAAUGGAAAAUGGGUAACCUCAAAAAAGAUGUGCAAAUACGAAGGGGGUGACUCAAAAGGCUUAAUAGUACCACGGACCAUCACAUUUGCUGAACUGUUGGAUCGUAUGCAUCAUAUUGGCAAUAUAAACAUGGAAGACAAGGUUUGCUUAAAGUUCUCAGUUUUGAUGGCCUCGAAUGAGUGGAAGCACAUAAAGAUUGAGGACGAUGAUGAUAUGAAAUUUUUUAUGAAGUACAAUUGUGAGGUAACACCUUCAAAACUAGCCCCCUUCCUCGUGAGUAUGGAAGAUAAAGGACUGACAAAUGAUGUAGUUGAUAGUAUGCAUAUGACGACAAAUAGUAGUCGGAUGGGUCAGUCUUCAGUUGCUAUUGUUGAAAGCAAUGAAGUAAUUCGGAAUAAUACAAAUGUCGUUGAUGUGGGAGGUGAUGUUGGGACAGAUUUUAUGGACAUGAUUGAUUUUAGCGAGGUGGAGGAGAUGCAUGGUCGUGAUAAUGGUAAUGAAACAAAUGAAGUGUCAGUGUACUCUACCCCUCCUAUUUUGGGCCGCUUGGACACAUCAGUCCAGUUGCCAAUAAUGCGUUUAGGAGGAGAAUCUGAACCUACUCCUGAACAUCAUUUGAGUGAAAUAAGUGAACAAAACCAGUACAAUGUGGCUGGUGUAAAUGAUGGAUAA